AUGGCGCGGCAAAUAGUACGUUGCAGAGGGUUCACGGCGUUGUACGCUGGACUCUCUGCUGGAUUACUGAGGCAGAUAACCAACACCACAACUAGACUUGGUGUUUAUCAUGCGCUCUAUAAUUUACACUACAGGAAAUAUGAGAGAUAUCCAGUUAUUUAUGAAAAGAUCACGAUUGGUAUAACUGCAGGGUUAGCGGGAGCUCUAGCAGGACACCCCUCGGAAGUGGUUUUAGUAAGGUUAAUGGCAGACGGACCUUUGGAGCCUUGUAUAGCCUGUAGCUGUCCGAAAAUAUACAGGGGCACUUUUCACGCUCUUCAAAAAAUAUGUAAAGAAGAAGGUAUGCGUGCCUUGUGGCGUGGUGGGACAUUGACCCUCGGAAGGUCAGUCCUGGUCAGCGUUGGGCAAAUAGGGAGCUAUUCACAGGUUCGAGAAAAAUUCCGAGAGAGAAACCUGGCGAAGGGUCUGUCCCUGCACAUAUAUACUUCGUUUGUGUCCAGCUUCCUGACGGCCGUCUUCUCCUUACCAAUCGAUCUCGUUAAGACUAGAUACCAAGUGAAACGCAGAGGGAUACAACUGUCGGAGAUAUUUUCUGAUAUUCUCCAUAAAAAAGGAAUAUGGUAUUUCUGGAAAGGUUUCGUGCCCUACUACGUGAGGAUGGCGAUACAUACCACGGUGUCGUUGCUGAUAUUCGACAAGAUCUACACAAAAUAUGAUGCACUACAUUAAAAAAACGCUGACCUCAAAUGAAAAUGUUAU